GGCCUAGAAAGAUGGUUUCGGUGUAAUCCCGAUUGUUUUCUGGUCCGUGUUCGAUGCCCAAGCCCAGAACCAAAAAACCAGAUUAGGCCGCCGAACAACCGAGCUUUGUUUCAAUUUGAAUAUUAUUUUUUUUCCUCCCCAUUUUAUGCAUAUGACACGUGUAUAUAGGGGUAGCAGCCUUGUUGACUUCCUCUGCUUCCUCUUCUAUUGUGAUCGCCGAUGACCCGAUAUACAGGAGACCGCAAAAUUAGCAUAAAGGGUACGUUUUCAACGGCGAAGAGGUAAUAACUGGUGUGUUCGGCGCCGAAAACCUCCUUCCAGCCGGUAUUAUCCAUUCCCAGUGACCGCAAAAACCAUCUGGAAAGUGGUUUUCGGAAUUGUAGACGCUAGAUGUGGCUUCUACUGCGCAGAAAUCCCUUACUACUCUCAUAGCCGCAGUUGUCCCCGGAGAGAGUUCCGAUUUCCGGCCCGGAUCUAUUAACUAUUGCAGUUGAGUGCCUAUCAGAAUGAUGUGAUCAACCGGCGCCUCUCACAUCCGACUGCUGACGGUGUAGCGUUUGGAAGAAUUGUUUGGAUAAUCAUUUCCAGUUUGAUCCAAAUUGCAGGAAUGUAUGUAUGUUUUGUGUUAGGAUUCGCUUACAUAAUUGUUACAGAAAAUCUUAACUAUUGGUCUCUCUAUUAUGAAUGAUUGAUUCAGAUUUAGCACGAUUUAAAUCUUAAUCUAAAGAGAUGAAUGGUAAAGAUUUUUUUUUUUUUUUUUUGGGUACAUGAAUGGUAAAGAUUUUGUGGAAAGGAUACGUGUAACUCAUGUUUUAUUUAGGAUUCAUGGUUUUUGUUUAUCCUUUCUUCCCAUGAUAUACAAAAACCGUUUGUUUACCUUUGUUUGUUUGAGGACUUAUUUGCCUGAGAUUUUAGUUGGGAGAAGGAGUAGGGAUGUUGUUAGAAUUUGAAUUCAAUGUAUAGAAUGAUGACAUGCAUAAAUGAAUUAAUUGAAGUGUCUAUGGGUUUGUGCAUGUUGCAAGUAUGGGGAAAAUACCUAUUUAGAAGCAUUAGUGUUAUCUACGAGUUCCCUAUUCGAUUCAAGGAUUUAAGUUUGAAUGGAGCUAAUGAACUCACAAAAAAGAAAAAAAAGGGACAAACAAAUAGGCCACAGUUUAGGUCUCAUUAGAAGUUUCAAGAGCAUGACACUAGUAACCCAAUUUAAGGUUCUCAUUAGCUGUUUUGACGAAUUUCUUAAUCUCACUUGAAUAGUAUUUACAAAAUUUUCCAAUCCAUGUUGACAGUUUCGGUACGCUAUGGUGACCCUUGCUCAAUCAAGUCUUUUUGUUAGAGGGUGGGGGCUUAUGUCUUCUUAUGUAUGUAUGUAUUCUCAUAACAAGGCUCCUUAGAAUUUUUUGUGUUUUUCUUUUGAUGAAAGGCUCUUAGAAUUGUUUGUA